GAUUUCAUCAUUCUGUUCCGCGAUUCGGUGCUCCUCCUUUCGGUCCAUGCUGUCUCUGCGGAGCCUAACAUCAGCACUUCUCUUCAGGACCGGAACACAGACCCUCACCGUCCGCUUGGUUCCGAAGACUAGAUUCAGUCCGAUACGUCUGUGGGUUUCUCCUCCGGUCAGACCGAUCUCUCUGUCGACCUGCUUGUGUAAGAAGAAAAAGACACGCUUGUGGCAGGAAAUAUCUGACGGGCAGAAUAUGGAUGGCAAUAUUGAAGAGAUUUUGGCUCCUUUGAGGCUGGCAGUGAAGGAGCAGGGUGAACUUGUGCGUCAGUUGAAGACAGAAAAUGCUCCUGAUGUUGACAUCGCCAAGGCUGUAGCAGAACUCAAAGCUCGCAAGAGAAUCCUUGAGGCCAAGGAGCUUUCCUUACAGCCCAAAGAUGACAUUGUGGACAGAACAAAGAUGGAAGAUACUCUGAAAAGGCGGUUCUUUUAUGAUCAAGCAUUUGCCAUUUAUGGAGGCGUGAGUGGUCUGUAUGAUUUCGGCCCUGUGGGUUGCGCUCUGAAGAACAACAUUCUGCAGGUCUGGAGGCAACACUUCAUCCAGGAGGAGCAGAUUUUAGAGAUCGACUGCACCAUGCUCACACCAGAACCUGUUCUGAAGACAUCAGGGCAUGUGGACAAAUUUGCAGACUACAUGGUUAAGGAUGUGAAAAAUGGAGAGUGUUUCCGAGCUGACCAUCUCCUUAAAGCUCAUCUACAGAAAUUAAUGAGUGACAAGAAAUGUUCAGCAGAAAAGAAAAGUGAGAUGGACAGUGUUAUAACUCAGAUGGAUAACUACACUCAGCAGGAGUUGGCAGAUUUGUUUGUGCAAUACAACGUCAAGUCUCCCAUUACAGGAAAUGAUCUAUCGCCUCCCAUCUCAUUCAACCUUAUGUUCCAAACAUCCAUCGGGCCCAGCGGUAACAUGACAGGAUAUCUAAGGCCAGAAACUGCUCAGGGAAUCUUCCUCAACUUCAAACGUCUCUUAGAAUUCAAUCAGGGGAAGCUGCCAUUUGCUGCAGCCCAGAUCGGAAACUCCUUCCGAAACGAAAUCUCUCCUCGCUCUGGUUUAAUUCGUGUCAGAGAGUUUACAAUGGCGGAGAUUGAGCACUUUGUAGACCCGAAUGAAAAGGUUCAUUCCAAGUUCUCCAACGUUGCCGAUUUGGAUAUCAUACUUUACUCUUCCAAAGCACAAACCAGUGGGCAGUCCGCCCAAAUAAUGAGACUGGGAGACGCAGUGGAGCAGGGAAUUAUCAACAACUCCGUCUUGGGCUACUUUAUUGGAAGGAUCUACCUUUAUCUGGUCAAAGUGGGCGUGGCGAAGGACAAGCUUCGUUUCCGUCAGCAUAUGGAUAAUGAGAUGGCCCACUACGCCUGCGACUGCUGGGAUGCUGAGACCAAAACCUCUUAUGGAUGGAUUGAGAUCGUAGGCUGUGCUGAUCGCUCAUGUUAUGAUCUUUUGUGCCAUGCAAGGGCCACCAAAGUCCCUCUGGUUGCUGAGAAACCCUUAAAGGAACCCAAAGUCGUAAAUGUUGUUCAGUUCGAGCCAAACAAAGGAGCCAUUGGCAAAGCGUAUAAGAAGGAUGCCAAGAUUGCAAUGGAGUACCUUGCCAUCUGUGAUGAAUGCUUUAUCACCGAGCAGGAGAAACUUCUCAAUGAGAAUGGUGAGUUCACCAUUGAGACUGAGGGCAAGACUUUCAAACUCACCAAGGACAUGGUGAUCGUGAAGAGGUUCCAGAAGACCCUGCACGUUGAAGAGGUUGUUCCUAAUGUGAUCGAACCCUCAUUCGGCAUCGGGAGAAUCAUGUACUCCAUCUUCGAGCACACAUUCCGCAUCAGAGAGGGUGACGAACAAAGAACGUUUUUCAGCUUCCCUGCCACUGUCGCACCCUACAAAUGCUCCGUCCUUCCACUAAGCCAAAAUCAGGAAUUCAUGCCGUUCGUUCGAGAAUUAUCCGAAGCUCUGACCAGGAAUAGCGUCUCUCACAAGGUGGACGAUUCUUCAGGAUCUAUCGGAAGGCGCUAUGCCAGAACAGAUGAGAUCGGUGUGGCAUUCGGAAUCACCAUCGAUUUUGACACGGUCAACAAGACACCCCACACAGCCACCCUGAGAGACCGUGAUUCCAUGAGACAGAUCAGGGCUGAGGUCCGCGAGUUGCCAGAAAUCAUUCGUGAUCUGGCCAACGGUACAAUCACGUGGAUGGAGGUGGAAGGCAAGUACCCUGUCUUUGAGGGUCAGGAAACAAGCAAGAAGGAGACCGCAGAGGAGUAGAUUGUCUGUGCCUCCGACACGUAUGCCUCUUUCAGACAUGGACAUUUUUGCAUUUCAUUCAUAGGAUCUGUGCACAUGUUUUGUUCCAUGCAACUGGAAAAACUGCAAUGAAGUUCACCCUUAAAACUCAAGGAAUCUAUAUAUAAGGACCUAAAGCGAGGACUUUGAUGUACUAGUAAAAGGAUUUUAUCAUUCCUGUAUGUGGGCUGAUACAUGUAAGACAUGAAUAACAAAUAUGGUUAAAUAAAUCAAGCCAGCACUUUCUGGACCCUUAA